AUGGCACCUCCACCAGCACUUCCACCAUUCUCCCUCAACUGGGACUUUUCAACACCACCGACAAAUACCACCAAUGCCAUCAACAACCAAAAUGACUCCCAAGAAAUCCUAGUAUCAUGGGUCCAUAUAGUCAAGCCACCCCUGUUCUGGGAACCUAUCGCUGAGCACCCUAUAUCCCUCAAACUGUCUAAUAUGAAAGCCGCUCUAAGUGCCGGCGCUGAUCCCAAUGAAAUGGACCACGAGCGAGAUCGAUGCCGCAGUCUUGGCAGGCCUCUUCAUUGCGCUAUUGGAGACUGGGCAGAGCCGGAAUACAUGAAAGAAAACAUCCCAGUGAUCAAGUUAUUGCUCAAACACGGUGCUGAUCCCCGCUUGCCUGGCCCAGAGGUCAAGCCUGCAGCUUUCGGGUUACAAUCGCCCCUCGAAUAUGCAAGACGUCUAGCCAUGCGUGAGUGGAGUGGGGUUGAUGAAUUAUUCGAGUGCGGAUAUUACACAGAAGCAUACCGUAUUAUGAAAGAGGCUGCGGAUGAUCUGGAUCGUAGGUGA